AUGGCGUCUCCUCAGUCCCUGCCCACGAAAGUGGUCGCAGGAGUGACGGUGCCCGAUACGCCGCUCAUCACGAAAGCUCUAGAUUAUGUGCGUCAGUACUCGACAGACGACACAUACAACCACAUUACCCGAUCCUUCCUCCUCGGGUUCAUCAUUGCCGACAAAGUCCUCCCUGACCGAGACCGCGAGGCUCACGCCGUCGCCGCCAUCAUGCACGAUCUGGGCUUCCCCAUCGGCCACCCGCCACACUCUGAGAUCGUCUCUAAGGACAAGAGAUUCGAAGUUGACGGGGCCAAUGCCGCGAGAAAUUUUCUCAAGAAGGAAGCCCCAGACUGGGACAAGCACAGGUUGCAGCUGGUGUGGGACGCGAUAGCUCUGCACACAAUUGGAUCCAUUGUGUUUGAGAAAGAGCCCGAGGUGCAGGCCUGUAGUUAUGGCAUAUGGGCAGACUUCCAGGGACCGGAUAGAGUGCCAGGCGGACUGUUGAGCUGGGAGGAGUAUAACCCCGUGGUCAAGGAACAUCCCAGACUGGGCCUCAUGAAGGGAUUGAAAGCCAACAUGUGCCAUCUUUGCGAGCUGAAGCCCCAGACAACGUAUGACAAUACGGUGGGUGAGUGGGGGGAUCGCUAUGUCGAAGGGUAUAGUAGGAAAGGCAAAUUGACCCAGGAUCUCCUCGAGACGUGUAAUCUCGAUGAGCUGUAA